UGCCACCUCCUGUGCGCAGGCGCGUGUACACGGAAGUGAUGUGUAGCCUUGGUGGCAGCGUUCGGUCGGCUUCCUGUCAGCUCCGACGCUUUGUGUCGGUUUGGGGGUCCGGAGCGGCCGGAGCCUGAGCCCGAACCUGAACCCAGUAAAUAUAUACAAUGGCUGAGUUUAAUAAUUUCAACACAGAUUUCUUCCAGUCAAGUUAUAGCAUUGAUGACCAAGGGCAAACGUAUGAUUACAGUGCUGCAGGGGACCCCUAUCAGAACAGGCACUAUGAUGGUCAUACACAGCAAGCUGGGUAUUUUCAUCCAACAGGACCACAACAACCAUACACAGGACAGAUCUACCAGCCAACGCCAACCUUCACCCCAAGCUCCUCACAGUCCGUAUAUAGUAACAGUUUUGAAGAUGAGGCUCCAUUAUUGGAAGAACUGGGUAUUAACUUCGAUCACAUCUGGCAGAAGACACUAACUGUUCUCCAUCCACUCAAAGCAGCAGACGGAACCAUUAUGAAUGAGACUGAUCUGGCUGGACCCAUGGUAUUCUGUUUAGCAUUUGGAGCCACAUUACUAUUGGUUGGAAAAAUCCAGUUUGGUUAUGUGUAUGGUAUCAGUGCCAUUGGGUGCCUUGGUAUGUACUGUCUUUUGAACUUGAUGAGUAUGACCGGUGUCUCCUUUGGCUGUGUAGCCAGUGUCCUUGGAUACUGUCUUCUUCCAAUGAUUAUCCUGUCAAGCUUUGCUGCAGUUUUCUCCUUGCAGGGUAUGAUGGGCAUAAUCAUUGCUGCUGUCAUUAUCGGCUGGUGCAGUUUGUCAGCAUCUAAAAUCUUUAUCUCUGCCUUGGCAAUGGAGGGGCAGCAAUUACUGGUAGCAUAUCCUUGUGCUUUAUUGUAUGGAGUUUUUGCUCUCAUCUCUGUUUUCUAAGGAAUUUUGUGAAUGGAAUGUGGCUCCAUAUUCUGAAUUCAAACAGAAGCAGAUACAAAUCCCUGGCAUUCAAAUGGUUUAAAGACUUUGGCUUCCUGCCACCAAAGUAAUUAUGACUCUUCUGAUUCCAAGAUUUGGGGAGUAGUUGAAGCACAUUCCUAAAUUACUGCUUUUUUGCUGCCCAAUUCAGAGGCUGAAAAUGCUAAUUCAGGUUGGAAAUCAUUUUUGACAACAGAUUUUGCUGAUUGGCAUAAUCGUAUGAAGAAGUUUUGUCUUUGUAAUGCAGUUUCACCAUAAUGUGUGGAAGAAUGAUGUUUUUGUGAGAUGGGAUGUCAGGACCCAGAAAGUAUUUCGUCAAGAAGAUGUAAAUAGAGAGUAGAGUGCAAUGCUGAAAAAACAAAUUCCAUUCUUAAUUCAUAUUCAAAAUUCUGUCAUGCAAUUCGUGCACCCUCUGGACCAAAAUGCUUUUGUUCUCCUUCAGGAGUCAGAAUUUAAUCCUGGGGUGGAAGGAGUUUCAAAAUAUGUUAUGCAAGCUCUAUAAUAAUUGUUUUCAAGGAAAUAUCCCAGUCCAAAAUUUCUUGCUAUGCAGCAUAAAUUGUUUAGUUUGCAAAUUAGUUAUUAUUGGAUAACCGUGUUUAUUUGGCCUAUGGGAAAGGUAACAAUAUAAUUCCAGCUCCAUUAUAAACCAGUUUUUUUAAAGUUGCCUGUUUUUUUCCCCCUGUUUAUGCAACUUUCCCUAUCCUGGACAUUUGUAAUAAAUUGAUUAAUUUCUG